GCAACCUCUUUGCCAGCCCAGAGCCUCGCACCAUCCCCAAUCGCUAGCAGGUCUUCUGUGCUUAUACCGGGUUGAUCACACAGACCGCCCGCCCUCACAAACCACAACAUGUCGACUCCCGUUAAUGGCGCCGUCGGCGGCGCUCCCCAGAACAAGCUGCUAGACCAGGUCCUUCAGCCUCCGGCAAGAAAUCCCUCGCCACUGCCCACACACAUGAGCCUUCCGGGCUCAGGACACUCAACACCGCGAGUCAUUCCCCGGGAAGGCCCUGGUGGCUCCGGCUAUGUCGCCCAAAAGUUUGACGGCAAGGAGAAGCAAAUGGAGGAGGUCAUGGACGGCAUAGAGGAGAAGGGCUUCCUCCCUACCGAGUUUGUCGAGACGGAGACGCAGUGGUUCUACAACGAACUGGGCAUCGACGACAUGUAUUUUGCAACGGAAUCGGUCGACACCAUUGUCAACCACGUUCUCUCCCUAUACGCCGCCAAGGUUGCCGCAUACGCCCGUCAAGACAAGCGCCUCGAGAUCCGCUUGGACAAAGAAGCCGAAGAUCACGCGGUCUACAUCGACACGAGCAGACCUGGAGUCUCAGUGGUCGAUGGCCCGCAAUACGAGAAGCGUAUCGGCGAGAAGUAUCUCCACCGCUCAAAGGGCGCUGCGGGCUAUCGUGUGGAGAGCUUCCGUUCAGCUAGCCCUCUGCCCGGCAGCCAGGACCAGCAACUCCGCUGCUACUUCGUGUACCAGUGCGAUUUCGUUGAUCCCUCCCCAAGCGCUACCGAGACCAACAUUGAGAAAAUCGGAGACAAGAGGUUCCUCCAGAAGGCAACAGCCAACACAAAGAAGAUCUACCAGGAAGCUUUGGAAGUAGCUGUUGAGCGCACUGGCCCCGUCAUUGAGUACUUCGAUAUCGAAGGAUCUCGUGACAAGCGUUUGGUGAUUGCCUACAAGCAGGGGACUGCUAUGGGCUUCUUCAGUGCUUUGAGUGAUUUGUACCACUACUAUGGCCUCACAACUUCAAGGAAGUACGUCGAGCAAUUCUCCAACGGGUACACCUGCAUGUCUCUGUAUCUUCAGGAGAUGCCCGGAGCAGCUGGCCGCAAAUACCCCCCGAUUGAAGCCUCGGUCCACCAAAUCAUCAAGGAGGUCUCUCUGCUAUACUGCAUCCCCCAAAACAGGUUCCAGGCACACUUUGCCACCGGACGCCUCAGUCUGCAAGAGACCAUCUACGCGCACUGCGUUUGGGUGUUCAUCUCGCAUUUUCUCAACCGCCUUGGAAGCGAGUACACCGCUUUGGCUUCGAUGCUGGAUGGAGAGAACAGUGCCCACGCCGAAUUGCUUUCAAAGCUGAAGAAACGCUUGCGGACGGAGACGUUCACUGCCGAUUAUAUCCUUGAGAUCAUCAACGAAUAUCCGGAACUGGUCCACAGCUUGUACCUUUCUUUCGCGAACACUCACUACGUUCAGACUAGGGGUGAGCAAGACGACUUCCUGCCGACGCUGAGUUUCCUGCGCCUCAAGGUGGACAAGGUACUCACCGACAGCGAAUUGACAGACGCAAUCAACAAGGUAGUCGUCAAUGAGCAUCACCAUAUGGUCAUGAAUUCGUUCCGUAUAUUCAACAACUCCGUUCUCAAGACGAACUUUUACACUCCCACCAAGGUUGCGCUGAGUUUCCGCAUGGAUCCAAAGUUCCUUCCACCUUCGGAGUACCCUCAACCUCUAUAUGGCAUGUUCCUUGUCAUAAGCUCCGAAUUCCGCGGAUUCCAUCUUCGUUUCCGCGAUAUUGCCCGUGGCGGUAUCCGCAUUGUCAAGUCUCGCAGCCAAGAAGCAUAUGCUAUCAACGCCCGAUCCAUGUUCGACGAGAACUACAACCUCGCCAACACGCAGCAGCGCAAGAACAAGGAUAUCCCUGAGGGAGGCUCAAAGGGUGUCAUCCUGCUUGACUACCACCACCAGGACAAGGCACGUGUUGCAUUUGAGAAAUACAUCGACAGCAUUCUCGACCUUCUGCUCCGGCCAAGCAGCCCAGGUAUCAAGGACCCAAUCGUCGACUUGCACGGCAAGGAGGAGAUUCUCUUCAUGGGUCCUGACGAGAACACUGCUGAUCUCGUUGACUGGGCGACUGAACACGCUCGUUUCCGUAAUGCGCCAUGGUGGAAGUCUUUCUUCACCGGCAAGAGCCCCAAGCUGGGUGGCAUCCCGCACGACCGCUAUGGCAUGACCACUUUGUCAGUCCGCGAAUACGUGUUGGGCAUCUAUCGCAAGUUGAACCUUGACCCAAGCAAGGUCAGGAAACUGCAGACUGGUGGACCUGACGGUGACCUUGGCUCCAAUGAAAUUCUUCUCAGCAAUGAGAAGUAUAUCUCCAUCGUCGAUGGCGCGGGCGUUCUAGUAGACCCUCAAGGUAUCAAUCACGAAGAACUCCUCCGACUAGCCAAGGCCCGUGUCAUGAUCAACAACUUUGACGUCUCGAAGCUCUCUCCGGAAGGCUACCGUGUCCUUGUUGACGAGAAUGACGUCAGGCUACCAAAUGGCGACCUAGUCGCCAAUGGCACCACGUUCCGCAACACCUUUCAUUUGCGACAUGGAGGAGGCCUGCAGUACGACACUUUCGUCCCUUGCGGAGGCCGUCCCGAGUCAAUCGAUCUCACCACAGCGAACAAGCUUAUCGUUGACGGAAAGUCAAUCAUCCCCUAUAUCGUGGAGGGUGCCAACCUGUUCAUCACUCAGGAUGCCAAACUCAAGCUGGAGAAGGCUGGCUGCAUCCUCUACAAGGAUGCCUCAGCGAACAAGGGUGGCGUGACUUCGUCCUCCCUCGAAGUUCUUGCGUCCCUCACCUUCGACGAUGAAGGCUUUGCUAAGCACAUGUGUGUUGGUGACGAUGGAACCCCACCUCAGUUCUAUAAUGACUACGUCAAGUCAGUCCAGGCUAUCAUCCAGAACAAUGCCAGACUUGAAUUUGAGGCUAUCUGGAGAGAACAUCAGAAGACUGGUACCCCUCGCAGCAUUCUGAGCGACACAUUAAGCAUUGCGAUCACCAAGCUCGACGAGGAAUUGCAGAAGACUGACUUGUGGGACAAUAUUGAGUUCAGGAAGUCUGUCCUCAACGAGGCUCUGCCGAAACUAUUGUUGGAGCAGAUUGGCCUGGAGAAGAUAAUGGAGCGGGUACCCGACAACUACAUCCGCGCCAUCUUCGGUAGCUACUUGGCGAGCCGUUUUGUGUACACCUACGGUAUUAAUGCGAGCCAAUUCGCCUUCUUCGACUUCAUGAACAAGCGGAUGUCUAAGCUCAGCAUUGAGGCAUAAGGGCCCAUGUCGCGAGCGUUAUUUCAUUGAUAUACCUUGUAAUGCAUCACAUGAAUGGUCAUAUGGCGUUUGGUUGGGAAAAGUCUGGUUGGCACACUUGUCCGCUAUUGUUAUUAUUCUGGGCGACGUCUGUGGUAAAGGCGUCGGAGUUUAUCCAGC